AAGCGCAGCAGGUUCUUUAGUUCCCUUCGGAGAAUGAGAUCGAACAAUAGCAAUAAGAGCAACCAGAGCAAUACACCAAACGAGCAAUCCGUCCAGGAUGAGGUGAGAACUCCUCCAGUGCUGUCCCGCCCCAAGUAACGUUGUUAUCUAAUGGCCAGUGGUAAACACCGCUGGUACACCUAACACAUAUUGCUCUCAAGGAGGUAUCCCUGACUGAACAACCAGGCUCCGCAGAUCAAACCGCGCCCAGCGCUCGCACUCAACUUUGAGGUAUCUCUGCCUGACCAGCCCAUGUUUGACCAUGGACGCAAUGUGUCCAACUCCUCCGGAAUAGAGGUUCAUCAUUCAUCCCCCAUCGCAGUCCCAAACACCUCUUCAAAGCAGAUUACACCAAAGCCUCUUAAUACACCUCCUGGGCAAGAUCUAUUCUCAGUCGGAGGGGUUCCUGUAUCACCUGCUCCACUCCAGAAGGCAUCAGUUCAAGAAUCUAUCCUAAAUGGUUCCCGCUCAAGUGCCGCUAGUAUGCUCUCAAACCAGAGCAUUCAGAUGGAGGGACUCGCUGAUCCGAACCCGACUCCAAUGCCCGGAACGAACCUUACGCUUGACGGUAUUCACCAACCUGACAUCGUUUCUUCAUCUGAUGCUGCGACUCCAGUCAAAGGAGGAAAUUGGGGGAGCUACUUCCCGCCGAUGGUGAACAGCGACUGCCAAAAGAACAAACUUGUUGACAGCGCUGCUACCACAAACAGCUCUGGUACUUCUAUCAAUGUAGACCCAGGCACAGUCAGUAUGUUACAGCUACUGGACGGAGAGCACAUUGAGGGCACCGGCCCUGAUGGAAUCUCUGGCAAGCUGGAACCCAUCAGCCCUGACACUGCUCCGCUCCCAGACCCCGAAGGUGAACCCUUUAUCCUUGACCCAGAGGCCAGGAAGUCAUUGGAGGCGAGCAAUGGCUGCGCUUCGGCGUAUCUCGCGCUUGACGGGACGAGCUCCGCAGAUGAUGAUCAAUGUGGAUUGGAACGCCGUCGAAGCACCUGGGGUCGGAACACCGGCCUGUAUGAUGGAACCGGCUACGAUUCUGAAGACGAUGCAGCUCCAAUUGCCCACGAUGAAUUCUCCCCCCCACCAUAUGUUGUCGAUGGCUUAGUUGAAAGCGCUCAAGAGAUCAUAUCCUCGGAGAACUCCUCGGCCAGGGAAGCAUGGGGUGCAAUUAACUCAAGCUCCGAGCAUUUUGCGCACAGAGAACUGGACCAUCCAAGUGUCCCAAUCGACCAGAUUUCUGUCGUUGAUGAGAAAGAAACCUUGCAGGAUAUCAUCCGUGCCUAUGCACGCUCCCCGAUGUUCCACGACGGAGAAACGAGGGAAGAGAGGGCCGGCGAGUUGCACGGAAGUCUCUCGGAGGAAGAGGCCGAAGCCUUCAGCGAAGACUUCGCCGAGAAGGAAAAGGAAGAGGUCGCAUUGUCCAUUAGAAUCAGGAACAGGAGCCUAGGAGGAUGAAUCAGGUGAUGU